AUGGGUUCCUUUUACGGUAGUCGGGUACAGGCCCACGCAUCAAGCCUCUUCACCAAACCCGUGGUCAUCAGUCAGCACGAGAGUGGCUUCCUUCAAGGCCAUCUAGCCGGUCAAGCGCGUGUCUUGAACUCGGCGCCUCGUGGCUAUGUUGCGGGCUGUGUGAGUCUCUCACCCAUUGACUGGCUGCGAAAUUACCUUCCUUCUACGGAUCAAUCACAGAGGCACUGA